AUGAUUCCGUCAUCAUCAACCACUCCAACCAUUCCAUCUUCCUCAGCAACAACAACAACAACAAUCAUUCCAUCCUCCUCCUCAGCAACAACAACAACCACAACACCAAGGAAUAAAUUGUUAACCACCAAUACCCUGUACAACAACAACAACAAUCCAUCGAAUCAUAGUGGUCAAUCGAUCAUCCCUAUGGUUCAACAACAACAACAACAACCAAUAAUUUCACCACUUCCACCCAUGAACACCACCACCCAAACAACAACCACUCAAACCCAAAUUCAUACAUCAUCUCAACCCUCCAAUGAUAUCAUUGGAUUCUCAGAAGAAGAAUUAAAAUCGAUUGAUCAAUCAUUUUCAAUUGGUGCAAUGAAUGCAUUUGGUAUGAAACAAACUGAAUCUGAUAUUUUAAAUCAAAUUGAUCAAAUAAGUUUAUUACAAGUAAGAUCAUUUCUAGGAUCAAUGGAAAUUGAAUUGAAACAUCCAAAUAUAUUUUGUAAUAAUAUGGAAAACUCGAGUGGUAGUUCUGGUCAUGCAAUGAAUUUUGAAUCUUUUCAAUCGGUAGCUCAGGCAUUUCAAGAAAAAGAAAAAUCAAUUUCAAAUCUAGUGAAAGAUUUAAAAAUUAUAACAAAAUCCAUUGAUGAUAUCAAUCAGAAAAUUCAUCAGAAUCAUCAUUAG